AUGCCCAAACCCAAGCAAUUCGUCAAGGAGACGAAAAAGAAGGGCGCCAAACCCAGGGCCGUCAAGCAAGGUCCAGAGACGGCCGAUGAAUUCUUAGAAGCUGGGGUCGAAUUCGAAGAGGCCGGCGAAAAAUGGAGAGCUGGUGAUGCUGCAAAAUCGACUCGAUUUUUUAUUCGAGCGAUAGACAAUUAUGACACUGCCCUUCGAAGCUUUCCUGAUUCGUUUGAUAAUGCCUAUAACAAGGCACGAGUGCAAUAUCAAAUUACCCAACACCCUACCCUAGCUGCUCAAAUACCGACGCCCACCAUUGAGCUUCUACGCAUUGCUUUGGAUUCACAUCAAUAUGCUCUUAAAUUGAAACAGGAUAACGCUGAUGUAUUAUUCAACACUGCACAGGUCCUCACAAGCUUGGCAGAAUCUCUCACAGAAAGUGCGCAGCAAUCCGCAGAGGCUCGUACAGAGGCCGGCAAGGCCCUUGAAGAAGCCAUUGAGCUUUUUCAGCGAUGUUUGACUCUUCAGGAGUUUCAGCUCGCAGAAUCCCAAAAACAGAUGCAGAUCGCCGAGGGGCAGGAGGCCGAUGCUCAGGGUGAGAAUGUCGAGGCUCCUUCCAGCAGUGCACAGCCAGAGGAGGCCGAGUCCGGUCCCGAAAGCCCAGAACAGCAGCAAUGGUUUUUCAUCGAGGAGCCGGUGACCACAGAGACUAUCCUCGACACCGCCAUCGCUCAAUUAGAAACACUGACCGCGCUGUGCGGACUGGUAGCUUCUGGGGCAAUCGAAAACAAUCUCUCCUGGAUAGAAGAGUAUGCCACGAAUCUAUUCCAGACCAAAGUGUCAGAUUACGCCACCAGCACUGACCGCGUGGCUGAGGUCGCUCUGACCCGUGCCAACCUCAUGUGCGCUCUGGCAGAGGCAGGCUUUCGGACAGGACGUGUUGAUGUUGAAACGUAUGAGAGAGAAGUACGUUCUGCCUUCCCUGAUGGACUUGAUCUGUCGCAAGAUCCUGAAGGCCUUUGCGAGAAAGCGGACGCUCUCGUCACUUUCAACGUCGCGGUACAAGAAUCUCUGAUCGCCACUCCGAACGCGCUAGAUUCGCAAGCCCUUGACAGACUGAGUGCUGUUAGAUGGCAGCACCUUACCACGGCUCUGACAUCAUUCACUGCCGCAUCAAAACUCCCUUCUGCCGAGAAUGCUGCGAAAAUCCAUAUUGCUCGGGGAGACGUCGAGUUAUUACGACGUCGCUUGGGGGAUGCACCCAGCCACUACGCUGUCGCUAUUCGCAACGGUCCGACUCUUGUCAAGAAUGCUCAGACGUACUACAGAGGUGCUGCAGCAGUCGCGCGGAGCUCAGGAUCUUCGAAAGACGCGGUCGAAGGCUCGGUCAAAGAAGCCGUGGCAGCCUUCAUCAUAGGAAACAGCGAUUUGCUUCGAACUAUCCAGAAUAGUGUCGGACAACAACAAGUCGUUGAUGUACUUGAGGAAAUGUUCAGCGACGGUAUUGUUGGCAGCGAGUUCUCCAUGUCGCUCGAAACAUUAGGGUUGUAG